AUGUCUACCUGGUUCGACACUAUCCAGAAGUCCUUCGCGGACGUCCCUAUUGAUGCCGCCAACGACAACGGCAUCUCGACCACCGAGUUCCUUGAGGCCGCUGAAUCGUUGACCACUUUGUUCGAUGUCCUCGGUUCUAAGGCAUUUACCCCCGUCAAGAAUGACCUGCUUGGCAACAUAAAGAAAGUCAAGGACAGGCAGCAGGCUGCUCCCGCCGAGUCCGCAACUCUCCAGUCCCUUGUCGUGAAUGAAUUGAAGGAGAAGAAGCACACUGCCACAGAAGGCUUGCUCUGGCUGGUCCGUGGCCUUGACUUCACCGCCCAAGCCCUCCGUCACAACCUCGACAACGCCAGCAAGGAGCUUGCUGACUCCUUCCGCGAGGCCUACGGCAACACCCUCAAGCCCCACCACUCGUUCAUCGUCAAGCCCAUCUUCAGCGCCGCCAUGUCUGCUACUCCGUACCGGAAGGACUUUUAUGUCAAGCUCGGUGAGGACAGUGCCAAGGUGCAGUCGUCGCUGGAGACAGAGGUGGCGGCCCUUCAGCAGAGGGUUGCUAUCCUCAAUGAGUUCUUGGGUCGUAAGGAGGCUAAGUGGUAA